UGCUCACAGUGAUCACGCCGAAGAACGUAAUGUCUAUCUAACAUUUCCUGCAUCAUGAUGUAACUGAAACUGGACGUUUUGCCCAGGCUUUUAAUUUUGAAAUGACUGUCAGCAGUGGCGUUACAUUAUGUAAAGUUAAAGCACAGUGACUCACCGACAUGUCCUUCCCCCCCUUUGAGUUCAGCCAGCCUUCUCCGGGGACAGCGGAACGCGAGGCUAGCCCACCAGGGUUACCGCAGCCGUUCUUCGCACCAUCUUAAAUGCCUCCAGAGGUUGUGAAGGGUUUUCUCUCCGAUGUCAGGACUCCGCCGGGACCGGGGACACGCCCUGCGCUCCCUGAGCCGCUCCCGCCUCUGCAGGAUUGUCCCUAGCAGCGGCGCGGGGACGUUCCCGUGGAGCCCCCGCCCUCCCCUGCUGUCCGCCCCGCAUCUCGCCGUGUGCAUCAGUCGAUCGCGACACCAGCCGGGCACAGCCGUGCGGCACCUCUCUGUGCGGCGUCCACAGCGGGCGCACGCGGCUCCUCCUUCCGCCUGAGGGCGCGUCUCGCUUGACGCUGCGGGGCGCUAGGGGCUGUCUGCGCGGGCUUGGCCAAGGAGCCCGGAGUUGAGCCCCUGAAGGAGGGAAGGAAGGGUGACUUGGCUUACAGUCCCCGGGUGCUGGCGCCGGGACGUGAGGGAGCUGGAGAUGCCGUGGCUGGACGGAGGGCGCUGAUGCCCCGCCGGCUCGGUGGCAGCAUGCCUUUCCCACCGCCGCCCGCCGCGGCCCCAGGGGUCCCUGCCGCGCGCCCGCCGCCCCGCAGGGCCAGCGCCCCCCGGAAGGCGGCGGCGCCCGCCUGCGCCCUGUCGGGGCCCUCGCCGCCCGCCGCGGCCGGGGACAAGAAGAGGCCCCCGGAGCGGCCCGAGGCGCUGCUGUCCCGCUCCUGGCCCUCGGCCACCCUGAAGAGGCCACCGGCCCGCCGCGCCCCCGGCCCGGUUCCUCCGCGUACCCCGGCUCUGGCCGCGUCCGGCCGCCCGCACGCCCCGGAUACGGCUGGCGCCGGGGACAGCCGCGCGGGACCCGCCGCCUCGGGGCCGGGGCCAGACGCCGCCGUGCGCUUCUCGCUGAGCCUCACCCCCGAGGCCGUCCUGGUCAUCCAGAAGCGCCAUCUCGAGAAGCAGCUGCUGGCGCGGCCCCGCCGGCCGCUCCCCUCGCCCUCGGCGGACGCCCGGCGCCUGCUCGCCCCCGGCCCCCGGGCCAGGGCCGCGGGCCCGCGGAGUGGCGGCGACCCGGGAGGCCUGGACGCUCGCCUGCCCGGCGUCCCGCUCCUGCCCGGCGGCCUGCAGGCCCCCGACCCCGGCCUGCGGCCCACCGACCUGCGCCGGCUGCUCAAGGUGUCGCUGCUCAACGAUCGGCACAAAUAUGACGACGUGGAGUACGAGGAGGAGGCCGCGACCGUGGACGAGGGCCUGGUCCGCAAGUGCACCGAGUGGCUGCGCGGCGUGGAGUCGGCGGCCGCGACGCGUGACCGCACCGGGCCCCUGGACACGCUGCCGCACCUGAGCACGCUGUGAGGGGGCUGGACCCACCCCUCCUGGCGCCCAUCCGAUGCCCACUGCCCACCUCCCCGGCACCUGUGAGCCAGGUGGGUGUCCCGGGAGCCCUGCCACACCUGGGCACCUGCGAGCAGGGCCUGGUGGGACCGGACCGGCUCACCCAGUGCCUACAGCGCACCUCAUGGACAUGCUGCUCCAUGGGGCGCCCUCGUGGGAGACACAGCCUCCUCUGAUGCCCACUACACAGGCCAGGCCAGGCCCACUCCACAGUCCGCGCAGCACCACGACCUUUCCCUCUCCCACACCUGUGUUCUCUACCCGCCACGUCUGCCUCCUGCACCAUCCUGGCCUUCUCCUCGUGCCCACAGGUGUCCUUGCUGCGCGUGGCAGCGUUUGCAGCACUGAAAGUGCCUCAGCCCCCACCCCUAAGGUUCGUUUAGGUUCCUGACACCCUCUGGGGUGUCACUCCCUGCGGGUGCCCUGGUCUGAGCAGCCAGUAACAACCAGGGGGAGGGCGAGGCCCAGGAUGGUGGCUGUGGUGCGGCAUUUAUGAGUUUGUUUCUCCUAAAUAGAAACGUAUGGGGGCGGGGUUGGAAAGCCUGGGAACGCAAGUGAGCGGAAUCUUCCUACUGCAAAUGGGGAGGGCAGUCACCAGGGAUUCAGGCACCUGGUGGAUGGGCGCUGGCAUGGGAACAGUUGUCACAACGCUGACGCAUCCUGGCUUGGUGCGCUGUGGGCAGCGCUCCCCGCUGUGAGCCUGGUGUAAGCCCACAGACGCUCACACGUAUACUGGCACACAACCCUCACACUUAGAAACAUGCCCACACGUGCCCUCACACUCAUACAUAUUCACACUCUUACAUGCACACUUACACACAGUCACAUGCACACACAAACACAUGCUCACACUCCUCACGCACCCUCACAUGCUCAUGCCCGCGCGCGCGCGCACACGCGAGUCUCUUCUGAAGCACAGAGGUGCCAGGUUUCCCUAUGGCCGGGUAAAGGGAUGGCAGGAGCCAAGCAGCGUCUGCCCAAAUCCAUCCUUUUUAUUUGAAGUGCUGCUCACAAAAUAUCCUCUGUGCUACAAAGGAAAGAAAGGUAACGAGGUGGAGGGGAAAACGCAGACAGCUGUACCCAGAACACAGUGUUAUUUGCGGGAGAAAGCUGGAAGUUGCUGGGUAGGGUGUGGGGUAGGUGUGUAUGUUUUCAGUAUUUUUAAUCACUGAAAAUCAGUGACAUGGUGGCUUUGUACAGUUGUAUAUAGUAAUUUUAUAAAAGAAAAUUCUAUUUAUUAUUGGAUAAAGGGUAAAACUCCUCUGCCUUUUAGGGACCAUACCUUUCCCUGCUAACCCCAGGCCAAUUCCUAGAUAUUUUCUCCAUGCAUCUGAGUAUAUUUAAUUCAUAUAAGGUUGAAAAAGGAAAAAAUGUUAUAAUCAGACAAGGCUGGUUAUAGAAAAAUAAUAUAUUACCUCAGUUGGGGGCUUCUUUUGUAAAAGUCAGCAACAGUUUAAUGUUUAUCUUGUUAGAUAUUAACGUGUGAAGUCGUAAUUAAAUUUUACAUUGAAGCCUUACAUUUUAAAAACCAAUUUUGUGUUUUUCCUGUGGAGAUGUUUGUGCUAACCUCUCUCUCUCUCUCUCUCUCUCUCUCUCUCUCUCUCUCUCUCUCUCUCUCUCUGUCUCUCUCUCUCUCUGUCUCUCUUUUGUGGCACAAAUCUAGUUGGACGGGAAGCAUUUAACUCAGUGGGAGCUGGAUAGGCCACCAGAUGAGUUGCAAGAAUAAGCCCCUCCCCACUGAACAGCGGGUCAGAAGACCCUGUUUGAGGGUAGAGAGCCCCACUGUCUUUUAUUUGAACUGAAUGUAUUAACACCACAGAGGCAAAGUAGCAGUCUUGCGGAGGUGACAUUGUGACAUCUGUCCCCUGAGUACUCUGGCCACCCCCAGUGCAAUCUGCAGAGCCCCGUCCUGGGCCAGGAGCACUCUUUCUGGUCGGUCACCAGCAGAUGAAGAGCGAACUGACCGUGAGUUCGUAGUGGGCAGUGUCGUACCUUGGUCUCAUUUACACAUAGUGCAAAUACCAGUAAUGAGGGGCCCAGGUUCCUGUCCAUCGUUGCAAUAAAAACAUUUUAAAGACUUUCCUAAAAUAAUGGAUUUUGCCAAGCUUCUUUCUGUCUCUGACCUCGUGUGUCUUCCUGGUCGUAUUGCUGUGACAGUGUGUGGUUCUCUCUCCAUCUGUGGUUCUGUCUCUGCGUCCCUAUUUCUUUGUUUUCCUUUCCUCACACCGCUUUCUCUGGGUUCCCCAUCCCCAUCUCCUAACUGGCCACAGGAUGACCUGAGCACUUUUUUUCUAUUUGCAUUUGUGCCGCAGAGUUUUGUGUGCCUUGUUCUUCACUUUAACAGCAGAUGAGUGAGACUUUUAUGUUGCUCGGUUGAUGACACUGAAUAAAAAAACAAAAAAGGACACAUGAUGUCUAUUCAUGCUGCUGACAUUCCAAGAAAGCUUUCUAAGUCAUUGUGUUGCAGUUUCUUAAUGUUUAAAUA